AUGGGCCUACAACAGAUACCUCGUCAUGGUGGAAAGAGAGGGCGUCAAGCGAAGCAAGGAGGAACUUCGGGCAUGGUCCGAGCUCCUCCAAUAUCGGAUAAGAUCCAGAGUAAGCGUGACUCGGCUCCAUUCAUGAAAAGGUAG